AUGGAUGAAGUCAAUAAAUCAGUGGUUACUGAAUUCAUUUUGUUGGGCCUUUCUAGCUCUCAAGAUAUUCAACUCUUCCUCUUCUUUUUCUUCACUGUGUUUUAUGGAGCUGCGGUUUUGGGGAACAUCCUUAUCAUCCUCACAGUAAUUACAGACUCUCACUUACAUUCCCCAAUGUAUUUUCUUCUUAGCAAUCUCUCCUUUAUUGAUGUGUGUCAGGCUACAUUUGCCACUCCCAAGAUGAUUGCAGAUUUCCUCAAUGAACACAAGACCAUCACCUUCCAGGGAUGCAUGUCACAAAUCUUUUUCUUGCAUGUUUUUGGGGGUAGUGAGAUGGUGCUUCUUGUUGCCAUGGCCUAUGAUAGAUAUGUUGCUAUUUGCAAACCUCUGCACUACAUUACCGUCAUGAGCCGAAGGGUGUGCACUAUUCUGGUGGGAGUCUCCUGGACCAUUGGUAUUCUGCAUUCAGCCAGCCACCUGGCAUUCACAGUCAAUCUUCCUUUCUGUGGACCCAAUAAGGUAGACAAUUUCUUUUGUGACCUUCCCCUUGUGAUCAAGCUUGCCUGCUUAGAAACAUAUGUUUUAGAGAUCCUCGUGCUAACCAACAGUGGCCUGCUCUCUCUUAUCUGUUUCCUACUUUUGCUCAUUUCUUAUACUAUCAUCCUUGCUACUGUCCAUCAGCAAGCCUCUGGUGGGACAUCCAAGGCACUUUCCACCCUGUCUGCCCACAUCACUGUUGUGGUUUUGUUCUUUGGCCCAUUAAUCUUCAUUUAUAUUUGGCCUUUUGAAAGCUUCCCAAUUGAUAAAUUUAUUUCUGUGUUUUUUACUGUCUUCACUCCUGUCCUUAACCCCAUGAUCUACACAUUGAGGAAUAAAGAUGUAAAGGAAGCCAUGAAAAAGCUACGGAACCGACACGUGGGUUCUAAGCAAGUCUUUUAG